UUCGAAUGUCAGAAAACCCCCAAAACCUUCUCUCUCUUCAGAAAACCCUUCAAAAAAAGGAAACCCUCGAUCUCUCUUAGUCUCUCUCCUCAAAACCUUCUCUCUCUCUCUCUCUCUACCUCUGAGAUCGGAUUCUUUUCGUUUAAUGGCAAAAGUUUAGGCGAAUCCACCACCGUCGGCUCUUCCGGCAUCUCCCAAAACUCCACCGUAAACCUCCACUUCAAGCUCCUUGGCGGCGGCAGCAAUGGCGGCUCAACUUGCACGGAGUCAUGGGAUUGCUGCUUGAAUAUGCAUGUACGCCGAUCGAGAUGCCAGAUAGAGGGGACUCAAUCAUACCAAUUUGGUUGUUGCAAGUGCUGGAGAUGAUAAGAAGAUUACAUUGUGGCGUAAAAAUGGGCAGAUUUGGUUGUUGCAAGUGCUCGAGCUCCACAAGAGCCUUUACCACACCGAUGAUGUUCCUCAAGGAGAGUUGAGGUUGUUGCAAGAUUGAAGUCAUUGGAGGAAGGUUGAAGCUCGAUAAAGUCAUGAAGGCAUUGCUGGAACAUAAGGCAGAAGGUCACCCGGAAAAUGAAGGUUUUUGGAGAUUUCAGGGCCGACCUCAGUUUCUUCAUAAUUGCGUAGAAGAUCAGAAUGUGGGAAGAGAUAUAAUUGUUCAUCGUGUUCGCAGGAACAUCAAAAACAAAAAAGAUAUGCCUACUGCUGGACCAAUAGGUCCGGUUGAUUGGAAUGUAGUUGAAGUGAAACUGGACCAACAUUCUGGAAGCAAAGCUGAGAGUCUGAGACCACUGACCCAAUUCUUAGAGGCAAGAUUAUGGCUCAAGUUACUGCUACUUAUGCAGUUGCAAGGUUCUACAAGCUUCAACUUGCUUGCUACAGGCUACCAUCUGAUUUAUGUAAUUAAUUAAGUUCGUCUUUUUUUCCGAUCAUGCACUAAAUAAACCAAAUGCUUCCCUCUUUGGUAUUGUCAUUUGUGAUUUGUGAUCUGUGAUCAAUAAAAUAGAAAAGGAGGAUGCUCCCU